AUGUUCCACACAAUCACAUAUACCACGGAUACCAACAAGCGUCUUGAAUUCGUUCAUGAGCUGAAAACAUUUAAGUGGGUCAGGAAAUUGAAAGAGGCGCAUAAGACACGCAUCCUGCGCCGCUGGGCAUUAUACUUCUACCCUCACCAACUUGCUUGUAGACUGUAUGGCGGUUUCUGUAAUAAUGCAUACAAUGUGGGCAACAAAUUGAUUUUCAGUGACGGAACCGCCUGGCUUGUCCGAUUUCUAUUUGUCGGGAACAUCUGCGACUAUUACGCAGACGAAAAGGUCGCCAUAGAAGUCGACACACUGUGUCUUAUCCACAAGAAAACCACCGUACCUGUGCUCAGAACUCGCGCCUGGGGUGUUGCUACUAGUGAUCCGCUCGCUCUGGGUCCUUUCAGCAUUUUGGACGUUAUCGAAGGCUGGGCCAAGACUGGAAGUGACUUCGACAACAACUCAACUCAGUAUUCGCCCCGAACGACACCAGAGCCAAAGGAUGAGGAGAAGAAGAUGCCGCCUCGCCACCAAAGACUUUCAGGUCUUCUAAAAUGGUCUCAACGCUCAGGUACGGUAUGGCUUCAUAUGGUGCUCUCCAGUGGCUUCAAGUUUGAUGAAAUCAUCCCAUUCACGCGGCUACGAGAACAUAAUGGGUACGAUGAAGAGAAACAGCAAGGAAAGAAAUUCUGCAACACCAGCGACAUCGAAUCAUUUGUUACUCGAGAGGUUGUCCAGUUGAAGCAGGACGAUGAAGACUAUGAUAAUUCGCAAGAGGACCUGAUCAAAGUAAAUUGCCGCGGAAAUGAUCUCCGUCAAACGGAACGCGACCGUCUUUGCCUCUCUCCCCAUUUCGACACAAUCCUAUGUAAUUGCAACGAACUAAAUCCUCAGUUUCCCUGCGCUGUACAUCUCCAUUUUGAUGAUUUCAAGCAUUUGCGACGUUGUUUUGACCGUAACUAA